AAAGGUUAACAUAAUGGUUGUUUAAUCUCAACACUCUUGCUUGAUGUCUCCUCUUAUUCGGGUGAGUCGUGGUAGGAAACAUCCCAAAAAGAAGACCUUGCGCACUUCAGGAGCAUCAAAUCGAUAUACGUCCAAUCGCAGUUUCCAAAAUGAUCCGGAGUUUGACGUUGACGAUGAUGAUGACGAUGACAAUGAUGAACUUGUUUCGGCUGAGUGGACAAAGGAGAAAUGAGAGGAAGCGUCAUGGUAUGCAUAUGUGCGUUGACAGUGG